AUGAAACUCAGUCUAAAUUUUAUAUAGAUAUUUUAACUGGUGCAAUUGAUCCAGAACGGAAUAUGAAAACAACUAAUUUAUGGGAUUUUUUACGUUCGUACAUUGGUGAAAAAAAUGAUCAUUAUUUUCUUAAAGCAAUGAAGUAUUAUUAUGAUAAAGGUAAUAUUACUAUUAAGAACGUUACAAGUAUGGAAAGAAAACUUUUAUUAUCUCCAAAAUAUUAUAACUGGGUACUGUUAAACUUUAAAUCCCACCCAAAAGUAAUAUUUGAGUCCUUUAACGAUAUUUUAGAAACUCGGGUUAGUAUAGACAUAAAUCUUCAGGAAAACAAUGUCGUCAAUGAAACCAAUUCAAUGAUAUGUGAUACAUUCAAGGUAUAUUGUCAAGCCUAUUGUUAUACCGAAGGACUCUUUUUACCUUCACAAUUAAAAAUUAUUAGUAAAGCCGCAAGUGAAGAUGUACUUGACCCGUUAUUUAAAUGUUAUUUGCAUAUGGUGUUUGAAAUUAAACAAACAUUGACAACAUUUGAUAUUCCACCGAAAAUAACUGAUGAUAUGAACCAGGAUGACACGCUCAAGGUGGAAAACGCAACCUUAGUGCAUAAUCAAACGCCAAUAACAAAUGGUUUUUCUAAACAUGAGUCACAAGAUUAUCCAAAACAGGUAGAAACAAUGACUUUACAAAAUGAAACAGCGGCAAUAACUGAGGAUAUUCCUAUAAAGGAAAAUGACACUAAAAGGGAAUUACAAGAGCAAUGGUAUAAAGAAUUGAAAAAAUACAAUGACAGAACUUUUGACAGACCAAGUAAGUUCAAUCUUUAUCUAAAAGAGUUCUGGCAAAUCCUUAUCGAAACAGAGAUUGGUAGAGAAUUGAGAGAGAGAGAAAAAGAUAUUGAAAAAUCAUCUAAUCCUCGAAUGACUGACCUCCACAGAAUAUAUAUAGAAUUACCCACAUUCGUGGGUAAUUUGAAAUUCCGUGUGGAAUCUUCCGAAGAUGCGGACAUUUCCGUAGUAGACUUGAAAUGCCCAUUCUUAG